GCAUCUUCUUUAAUCACCGACAUGACGCGAGACUUCAAUGUUGUGUUUGAAGGAGUCCUCGGCCUCUAUUAUCGAACCGAUAUUGCCAUAGAUGACGUGCAGUACUUUCCCAAUUCACCCUGUCCAAUGUAUCCCACAGAAGAACCUAUCCCAACUACAUUACCAGCAGGACUCCUGUCAGAUUUGACAUGCAGCUUUGAAGAUGAUUCGUGUAAUUUCACUCAAGCAACAGAUGACAUCAUGGACUGGAGGCGUGUUAGAGCCAAUUAUCUUCAAGAAGAUAUCAACGGUUAUUAUUACAGGAGCAUGACGAUAAAUCGAUUUCCAAACUGGAACAGACUUAAAGGACCAUCCGGUGACCACACCUCACAGACUCCUGAUGGAUGGUUCAUGGCUUUCUGGUAUCGUGGAAGCUGGGAUAGACCUCGGCUGAUGUGGAAUGAUCGUACUAGGGUACUAUCACCUUUGUUGAGUGGAUCGAAUCAACCGAGAUGUCUCACAUUCUUCAUGUACAAGGAUGGUUACACCAACGAUUUCUUAAAUGUCUACAUCAAAGAGUACGGAGAAACACGAGAAAUCGAUCCAAACUGGGCCUACUUUUGGCGUACGAAUAAGAAAUGGUGGAAAAUACGCGUCGAUAUCCCUGCUUCCCAAAGACCAUUGAAUAUUAUCUUUGAAGCUGUUGUGCCAGCUCCGAGUAGUCGUUAUCGACAAUACAUGAUGUAUAUUAUUGAUGACGUCACUGUCGAAAGUGGGAUUUGUCCUAGAAGUAAUGGAAUCCCUGGAACCUGCGACUUUGAAGAGGAUUCCUGUGGUUAUUCUGGCAAAUGGACUAGGAUUAGUGGGGAAACCCCUUCCAGAUUUACAGGACCUUCCGGUGAUCAUUCAUUUGGUAACGCAAGCGGACACUACAUGUACUACGAGACAUCACAGCCAGUCCGACCAAGCCAGUACGGGGAUUUGUUCUCGCCUCGGAUGCACCUGUACGGAAAGCAGUGUGUACGCUUCUACUACCAUGCCGGUGGCAAUGACACUCGUAGAUUGGAGGUGUACUUGCGAGAACCUGCUCAGUACACGACCUAUCCUAAGCUCACACUUUUGAAGACGAUUGAAGGCAAACAGAAGAAUACUUGGAUGCCUGUCAAUGCUGAUAUUGAUAUCAGUGGGGACUUUAACAUUGUAUUCAGAGCAUAUGCUGGACGAGGUUACCAGGGAGAUAUAGCCAUCGAUGACAUCAUCAUUCUACCCCAUCCUUGCAUUGACCUUGUCACCGAAACAUCAUGUGACUUCGAGUUAGGACCCGAUGCAUGCGGUUUUACAAACUCCGCUAAGAAUGAGGUCCACUGGGACUGGUACGAUGCCAUCUAUGGAAAAGGUUUUCCUCUCAUCAGUAAAUCAGUGGCUACCAAUUCUUUCAUGUAUGUGGCGCUAUCUCAAUCAUCCGUAAAAUGGCAACCCUCUGAACUCUACUCUGCAUCGAGUACGUGA